GUCUAAGACAUCUGUAAUUAAAAACAGAGUUUUAUGAAAGUUUUAAUUGCAAGAUUUUUUAUUAUAUUAUUUUUAAGAAUUUUGACAAAAUAAAUAUGGAAACAAUUUUAGAGCAGCAAAGGCGAUAUCAUGAGGAACGAGAACGUUUGAUGGAUGCAAUGGUGAAAGAAAUGUUACACAAGAAAACAAGCUAUCGAGAUGCAAUUAACUCAGAUCAUCGCCUUAAAAUGCUCUUGGAACAGUACAUGACAAGCACUUCCAAUUUACGUGAAUUAUAUGAGGACAAAGAUGGUUUACGAAAACAAGAAGUAGCUUCGUUGACUGGCCCAAAUGAAUUCCAUGAGUUUUAUGGACGAUUACGACAGAUUAAAGAUUUCCAUAGACGUCAUCCGAAUGAAAUAUGUGUACCGAUGUCUGUUGAAUUCGAAGAAAUUGCUAAAAUGCGUGAAAAUCCAACCGAAGAAAUGUCCAAUUUUAUCGAAUUUACUGACGAAGAAGGUUAUGGAAAAUAUUUAGAUCUUCACGAAUGUUAUGAAAAAUACAUCAAUUUGAAGGGAAUUGAGAAAGUCGAUUAUAUAACAUAUUUGAGUACAUUUGAUCAAUUAUUUGAUAUUCCAAAAGAACGUAAAAAUGGUGAAUAUCGUCGAUACUUAUGCGCACUUUUAGAAUAUUUACAAAACUAUAUUGCUCGAGUACGACCAUUAUUGGAUCUCGAUCAUGAAAUUAAUACAACUUUGGAAAACUUUUAUACACAAUGGGAAAAUGGUACUUUUGUUGGAUGGCCUAAAGAAGCUGGUUCUGCUUUAACACAUGUCGGAGCACAUUUAGAACUAUCUGCAUUUUCCAGUUGGGAGGAAUUAGCAUCACUUGGUCUUGAUCGUUUAAAGUCGGCGUUAAUGGCUUUAGGAUUGAAGUGUGGAGGGACCUUAGAAGAAAGAGCACAAAGAUUGUUUUCAACAAAAGGUUUAAAAACACUUGACCCAUCGUUAAUGGCAAAAACUAAACCUGGUAAAGCGGGUAAAAGUAAAGAAAUUGAACGACAACGAGAUAUUGCAUCAUUGGAAGCACAAGUUUACCGAUUGACCGAGUUAAUAUCUGUACAAAGAGCGGCAACAAAAGAAAAUGUACAGCGGAAACAAGCUCGAACAGAAGGUGAACGUGAUGAAAGUGAUGCUGAAAGUAGCGGCGAAGAAAGUGUGGAUGAUGAUGCAGAUGAUAUACCACAUAAUCCUAAAAAUUUACCUUUGGGUUGGGAUGGAAAGCCUAUUCCGUAUUGGUUAUACAAAUUACAUGGAUUAAAUAUUAGCUACAAUUGUGAAAUAUGUGGUAAUUAUAUUUAUAAAGGACCAAAAGCAUUCCAAAAACAUUUUGCAGAAUGGCGACAUGCCCAUGGAAUGCGUUGUUUAGGUAUUCCAAAUACAGCACAUUUCGCUAACGUAACACAAAUUGAAGAUGCGCUGGCUUUAUGGGAAAAAUUAAAAACACAAAAACAAGCAGAACGUUGGCAACCGGAACAAGAAGAAGAAUAUGAAGACUCUUUAGGAAAUGUUGUAAAUCGUAAAACGUAUGAAGAUCUUAAACGGCAAGGAUUAUUAUAAAAUAAACAAUAUUUUAAGUUUUUGUAUUAAG